UAUUUUUGUUUCUGUGAGUGCGUGUCUCGUAUAAAGAGAAAAACAAAAUACAAUACAGGAAUAUUUUUUUGUUACCUGAGAGAAAAUACGAAAAGCAAACUACCUGUUGAGCCAGAAAAGGCCGCGUUAAGUGUUUUUGUUGUUGUUUUAAAACACCACCCAACAACAAAAAAAAAAGAGAAAAACCACCCAACCACCUUGCCCAUUGCCGUGCUCAGUGGAGCACGUGCAUUUCAUAAUUUAAAAAAAUUUAAUUAAAUAAUUAAAAUAUAAAAUAAAAUAAAAAAUGGAAUUACUGUGGUUCUUGAGCAGGAUUAAGUUAGUCCUGUUACUAACUAUUAACCUGGUGGUUGGCUUCAACCUGGAACAGCGACUGCCGAUCGUCAAGUACGGACAUCCGCACUCCCACUUCGGCUACUCGGUGGCCACCCACUCUAUAGGUCUGGCGCCAAACCAAACCAACUGGGUUCUUGUUGGCGCCCCCUUGGAUCAAAAUCGGCAACCAAACACCUCGCACUCUGGCGCCCUCUGGCGAUGUCCGAUAACCCAAAGCCUCGAUGAUUGUGACCAAGUUAUCACCGAUGGCAGGCGUUCAUCGAGCGGAGUUUAUGAGAUAACUAAGACUUACGACAGUGAGAUCCUCUCACCGCCCGCCAGUGACGAAAUCAAAGAGGGCCAAUGGAUGGGCGUUACCGUUCAAUCGAAUCCCCUACAGCCCAAUGGAGUGGGUGGCAAGGUCCUUGUCUGCGCCCAUCGCUAUAUGUACAUUAUAGGCGAGAACCGAUAUGGCCAGGGUCUGUGCUAUCUUCUCACCAACGACUUGCAAUUCGAAGAAGUCUACGAACCCUGCAAAGGUCGCGCAGUUCAAAGACAACACGAGGACUAUGGCCUGUGCCAGGCUGGCACUUCGGCAGCUCUCCUGGAGGAUGAUACCAUGGUUCUGGGCUCUCCCGGACCCUUUACGUGGCGCGGCUCCAUCUGGGUGACCCAGGUGGGCGGGGAGUACCUGCAGCGGGACAAGACCACCUACUACAGCGACCACAGUGACUCCACGUCCCCGGUGGACAAGUACAGUUACCUGGGCAUGUCGGUGACGGGUGGGCGCUUCUUUGGCGGCAUGUCCUACGUGGCGGGAGCGCCGCGGUCGAUGGGCCACGGCCAGGUGGUGAUUUUUAAUGCCUCGAACACGAAUCCCAUACCGAAGCACAUGAUCCUGGACGGGGAGCAGUUCGGUUCCAGCUUCGGCUACGCGCUGGCCACUGCGGAUGUGAAUGGGGACCUGCGGCCGGAUCUGCUGGUGGCAGCGCCCCUGUACUUCACCAAGUCGGAGGGGGGAGCCGUCUACGUCUACCAGAACGACCAGGACUCGCUGCCGCUGAAGUACACCCUGAAGCUGACCGGCACGCUGGAGAGCCGGUUCGGCCUGGCCCUGGCCAACGUGGGGGAUCUGAACAAGGACAGCUGCGAGGACGUGGCCGUGGGGGCGCCCUACGAGGGCAACGGCGUGGUCUACAUCUAUCUGGGCUCCCGGCAGGGCCUGAACUCGAAGCCCGCCCAGCGGAUUCAGGCCUCGGAACUGGGCGGAACCACUCCCUCCGUCCAACCGAUCCGAACGUUCGGCAUCUCCAUUGCGGGCAACACUGACUUGGAUGGGAACUCGUAUCCGGACUUGGUAAUCGGUGCGUACAACUCGUCGGCGACGGUGGUGCUCCUGGCCCGGCCCAUCAUCUCCAUCCAGACGAGCGUGAAGAGCGACGAGCUGAAGAACAUGGACCCGAAUCAGCCGGGCUGCCGGAACGACACCUCCAGCAAUCUCACCUGCUUCACGUUCGAGGCCUGCUGCAGCAUCGAUCCCUACGACGAGAAGAGCAAGGAGCUCCGUCUGGCCUACAACGUGGAGGCGGAGACCUUCGAUCAUGUCAAGAAAUUCUCGCGGGUCUUCUUCGAUCGCGACAACAAGCGGAGCAACGUCUUCAGCCGGGUGGUUCGGGUCCGGACCGAUGGCCGGACGGCCUGCGACCGGGUCACCGGAUACAUCAAGGCGAAUACGAGGGAUAUCCAGACCCCGGUCCGUUUCCGGCUGAAGUACAGCCUGGAGGAGCCGCCGCUAGCCAAGUCGGCCUUGAUACGUCUGAAUCCCAUCCUGGACCAGACCCAGGCACACAUCGAUUUCGAGGGAACAUUCCAGAAGGAUUGCGGCGAUGAUGAUCUUUGCGAGAGCAACCUGGUCCUACGGGCCGAGCCGAAUAUUACCCAGGAAGCUGGACCCGACUACACCCUCAUCCUGGAUGAAACGGAACUGGAGGUGAGGAUCAAUGUCAGCAAUCUGGCGGACUCUGCCUACGAAGCCCAGCUCUUUAUUGCCCACCAGGCGGGUGUCUCCUACGUGGCCACCAAGAAACCGACCAAUGCCACCUGCAACAGCUUCAACACCACCCUGGUGGCCUGCAGCCUGGGCAAUCCGAUGCUGAGGGGCACCACCACCUUCGUGACCAUUCGAUUCCAGCCCAAGGGCCUCGAGCCGAGCGAGAAGUCCAUGCAGUUCCACAUCUUUGCCAAUACCACCUCGAAACUGGUGGGUCGGGAGAGGCCCGAGAAGGUCCUCCACAUCAAGGUGGUGCGGCGGGCGAAGCUCCAUUUCCGCGGCUGGGCGAUACCCGAGCAGAGCUUCUACAGUGCCGGGGCGCCGGUGGGAGCCACCAACCCCAACGCCAUUGGAGUGGCCAGCGAAGUGGAGCAGCGAUCUGGGCCGAUGACGAUGGACGAUGUGGGCACGCAGGUGCAUCACAGCUUCACGAUCUUCAACGAGGGUCCCUCGACGGCGCCCAAGGUCCGGAUGGUGAUCCACUGGCCGUGGUCGCUGCCCAACGACCUGCAGAGCGGCAUCGUGGACCAGUACCUGCUCUACUUGGAGCAGGUCCCCACCGUCGAGGUGGGCAUCGGCGAGUGCGCGGUGGCGCAGGAGUACGUGAAUCCCCAGAAGCUGGUCAGCGGAUCGAGGGAGUCCAUCGACUACCUGACAGCUCCCGCCCAGAUGAUGAUGUGGCCGCCACGGCCGAGGAGUCAGCACAACAAGACCACGAUCCACACCCAGAAGAGCUACUAUUCCAGCGGGAAGAGCGACUCGUCCGAGUCCCAGAACCGCGUGAAGCGCAGCUUCCUGGAGCGGGUGACGCGCCUGGAGCGUCUGAUGUACGAUCCGGAGGGCGGAUCCACCUCCCCCACCAACUCCAACGGCAAGAAGCAGGACAUCGUCGAGCUGGACUGCAACAAGGGCACGGCGCGGUGUGUCCGGAUCGAGUGCGACAUCAACAACAUGCCCGCCCGCUCCGAGGCCCAGGUGGUGGUCAAGGCGCGGCUCUGGAACUCCACGCUGGUGGGUCAGUAUCCGCGGGUGGAUCGUGUGCGGAUCAUCUCCACGGCGAGUGCCCAAAUACCCGAGGACUUCGGGGUCGAGGUCAUGGAGCACAACAACAUCGAGGUGGAAACGCGAGCCUAUCCGGAGCUGCGCAACCAACAGCGCGACACCUCCCUGCCCUGGCUGAUCAUCAUCCUGGCGAUCGUCGGCGGCAUCCUGGUCCUGGCCCUGCUCACCUAUGUGCUGUGGAAGUGCGGCUUCUUCAAGCGCAUCCGACCCACAGAUCCGACGCUCAGCGGCAACCUGGAGAAGAUGAACGAGGAGAAGCCCUUCCUGGCGCCCAAGAACUCCCAUAACGUUUUCUAACAAGAGGGCACCGUCGGCUGGGAUCUGGUGCGUCGUCGCAAGCGGCGUCGUCGUCCAUUCCGGCUUCCAUCACGUCAUCCGGUUGCUCCACAUCGUCAUACCAACAGCAACAACAACUAUAACAGCGUGGAGGAUGAGGAGGAGGUGGAUGUCCUAUCGCUGACACCGCCACCGCCACCCAUCAGUAUCCUCAGUUGGGGCAACGAUGGCUACUACCAGGCCAGUGCCGCCUGGUGGGGUCACAUGUGAUUCGGUGAUCCGGAAUCCGGAUGGGGAGGGGGAUCAAGUGGGUUGUGGUUCAAUGUGCCAUUUCGUUUACUUAAAGAGAGAGCAUCCGGAGAGGUUUGGGUAUCCGGCUUUUGUUUCUCCGGGGGCAAGGGGGGGGGGACUACAAAGCCGGAUAAGGUCAAGUUCCUAACAUCGGCUAUAGCUAUAAAAAAAACC